AUGAACCCAAGAUUCAUGGACUACUCCCACCUUGUCCCAGGGUUCCAUUACGAGCGUCGUCCGGCGAGCGAGCGAAGGUCUUCGGUCUCAAUCACUGAUGGUGACUCGUCCCCGAAUUCUCUCAUACCCGCGUAUCUACGACAUGACUCCGGCGCCUUCUUCUGGAACAAAGGUCAGAUCCAGGUAGAAGAUGACAAUUCAUUUAUCGCCGAUGGCCAUAGCCUGCUGCCUCCAGCGCCUCAGCUCCCUCAGCUUAUACUGAGUGCCGAUCAUGGUUUGCUUAAUAUCGAGUCCAACGUCAACCCGGAUGCCCUUUUCGAAUUCGUUAUAAACAAACUGCGACAGGAAUACCGUGCACAGCCAGACCGCUUAACCUAUGCACGGAAUUUGGCCCGUACAUACUUGGGAGUGGACUCGAUUAACAGUUUCUUAUCCUCAAGAGAACAGAAUUCUAGACCCCCCAAGCCACGGACCCAAUCUCGACCCAAUGCCCAGAAUUCUCAGAAGAGAGAACAAUAUCUUUGUUUACUCUGCGACUCACCUCUUCAUCUAUGCUCGCGAGGUGCUUUCAAACGCCAUGUGAACGAAAUGCAUCAAUCAAAGUCCAUAUUCCUGUGUAUGCACUGUAAUUGGCAUAAUCCUCGUAAAGAUAAACUGCGAGACCAUCUUCGGAUCAAGCAUCCGGACGGUAGUCAAACAGCGCACGACCUCAAUGAUCGGGAGCUCAUGUUAGAUGUGCCCUCCACCUGCGACCUAUGUGGACCUUAUGCGUCACCAAUCCACAAACCACCGUUUCAAUCAUGGCAGUCCUGGUUUGAAGGCAUCGAAAUGCACUGCCGUGUCGAAGAUGAUGAGGGAGGAAAUACCGAAAGCGGAUCUAAUCCUCCCAAUCAGAAUGGGGGGAAUGCUGAAGGGACCAGCCGGGGGUAUUUUCCAAGCACUCCCUUUCUUCAAGGGUCAGAUGCAGGCGGACUGUAG